AUGCCCCAGACUUCCAUCAUCUUCAACAGCAUACUUGGGCCCAGCUGUAGUGGACAGGUGCAGCCCAUAAUGGGGGAGCAAGGAGGCGGGGCCAGUGGCUCCAGGGACCUCAUCUUCCAGGAUGGACACCUCAUCUCCGGGUCCCUGGAGGCCUUGAUGGAGCACCUUGUGCCCACAGUGGAUUAUUACCCUGAUGGAACGUAUAUCUUCACAUUUCUCUUGAGCUCCCGGGUCUUCAUACCCCCUCAUGACCUGCUGGCCCGUGUGAGGCAGAUCUACCUGGAGCAGAGGCAGCAGCUGGAGGCUGGGUCUGAGAAGGCCAUGUUGAAGACCUUCUCAGCCAAGAUUGUGCAGCUGCUGAAGGAGUGGACAGAGGCCUUCCCCUGUGACUUCCAGGAUGAGAAGGCCAUGGCCGAACUGAAGGCCAUCACCCACUGGGUCAUGCAGUGUGAUGAAGAGAAUGGCACAGUGAAGAAGGCCAUUGCCCAAAUGAUGCAAAACCUGCUGCUAUCCCUGGCUGCCCGGAGCCAGCUUCAGGAGCUUCGAGAAAGGCUCUGCUCACCAGCUGUAGACAAAGGGCCCAUCCUGAAGGCCAAGCCACCAACCACUCAGAAGGAUAUCUUGGGCGUGUGCUGUGACCCCAUGGUGUUGGCCCAGCAGCUGACUCAUAUUGAGCUGGAGAGAGUCAGCAGCAUUCACCCCCAGGACCUGAUGAAAAUCAUCAGCAAUAUGGACACUCCAGACAAACACAGGUGCCAAGAGGACCUGACCAAGACCUACAGCCUGGAGGCCUAUGACAACUGGUUCAAUUGCCUCAGCCUGCUAGUGGCCACUGAGGUGUGCCGGGUAGUGAAGAAGAAGCACCGGACCCGCAUACUGGAGUUCUUCAUCGAUGUGGCCCGGGAGUGCUUCAACAUUGGAAACUUCAAUUCCAUGAUGGCCAUCAUCUCUGGCAUGAACCUCAGUCCUGUGGCUCGGCUGAAGAAAACAUGGUCCAAAGUUAAGAUGGCCAAGUUCGAUGUCUUAGAGCACCACAUGGACCCAUCCAGCAACUUCUGCAACUACCGCACAGCCCUCCAGGGGGCCACACAGAGGUCCCAGACAGCCAACAGCAGCCAGGAGAAGAUUGUUAUUCCUGUGUUCAAUCUUUUUGUUAAGGACAUCUACUUCCUGCACAAAAUCCAUACCAACCACCUGCCCAAUGGGCACAUUAAUUUCAAGAAAUUUUUGGAGAUCUCCAGACAGAUCCAUGAGUUUAUGACAUGGACACAAGUAGAGUGUCCCUUUGAAAAGGACAAGAAGAUUCAGAGUUACCUGCUUACAGCACCCAUCUACAGUGAGGAAGCACUGUUCAUCGCCUCCUUUGAAAGUGAAGGUCCUGAAAACCACAUGGAAAAGGACAGCUGGAAGACCCUAAGGGCCACUCUCCUUAACAGAGCCUGA